GUCCGUGCGCAGCCAUAUCCUGAACUUACGAUGGGCGGUGAUUUCUGCUAAAUUAACUUUCAUUUCUAUCCUUCAUCUCUAUCCCUAACCCAAGAUUGUGCACACAUAACAAUAAAACUUUAUGGCCUCGUUUCUGAAAAGAGUGAUCCAUGACGCUGAAGAAGGAUUGAAGCACACUGAGGAUCAAAUUGCUGGUUUCCUCAAUCCUAAUCGCCGCCACGACGACCCAGAAGAGAAGGCAGCUGAUGCUCUCAGAGCUGAAAUCAACGCCAGCCAUCGAUUUGACUCUUUUGCUGAAGAACGUUCAGGAAACGUCGUUAAAUGGCAUGUUGAUGGUCACGAUUAUAUGUGGGCUGUAUCCGAGAUGCUGGACAAUGCGAAGGAGUGUAUAUUCAUUCUUGAUUGGUGGUUGACCCCUGAGCUUUAUCUGCGCCGACCUCCUGCGAAGCAUCCUGAAUGGAGGUUAGACAAAGUUCUUAAGCGGAAAGCCGAACAGGGUGUUAAGGUGUACGUCGUGGUUUACAAGGAAGUAACCCAAACCAUGAGUAUGAGUUCGAAGCAUACCAAGGCUGCGCUAGAACAAUUAAACCCAGCGGGCACUCAUUACAUCCAGUGCAUGCGGCACCCAGACCACAUCGGAGCCAAGGACACCGUCGAAUUUUGGAGUCAUCACGAAAAAGUCGUCGUAGUCGACAACCAUUACGCUUGUAUCGGUGGUCUGGAUUUGUGUUUCGGAAGAUGGGACACACAUAAUCAUCCUCUCGCUGACGUUCAUCCCACGCACUGGUACAAGACACUGUUCCCAGGUCAAGAUUACAAUAACGCACGGAUCAUGGAUUUCCAGUCUGUCGGGGAUUAUGCUAGCAACCAACUGAACAUUCUGGAAAGCGCAAGGAUGCCAUGGCAUGAUGUCCAUAUGUCUCUUUCUGGUCCCGUCGUUCUUGACAUUGUCCAGCACUUUGUUGAGCGGUGGAAUGAAAUUAAGAAGAGGAAGUAUCGUAACAAUGAUGCCUUUGACUGGCUCGCUUUCCCUCAUAACGUCGAAAAUGCGCCGAACGAGUCUGUUGCGCGUCACCCCCACCGCGAGGCUUGGCAUGCAAUGGGAAGAAAGUACAAGCAGCGAUGGCACGAUUGGCUGGGAGAUCAAGGCCAAGGACAGAAUCAAGACCCGUCCAACGAUGAAACGUAUUACCAACGUCCGAUACCUGCGACAAUGCGUGUUCAAGCUGUACGGAGUGUGAGCGAUUGGAGUCAUGGAGUGUUAACGGAACAUAGUAUUCAGAAUGCUUACAUUCAACUAAUCAACGAAUCAAACCACUACAUAUACAUCGAGAACCAGUUUUUCAUCUCUGCAACGAAGAAGGGCGACGUUGUCACCAACCAGAUUGCCGGUGCUCUUGCGAAUAGAGUAAUUAGAGCUGCGAGGGAGGGAAGGAACUUCAAGAUCGUUGUCGUUAUUCCCGAAGUACCCGCAUUCUCUGGCAACAUCAAAGACGAAUCAUCUCUCAAAAUCAUUAUGGCUGCUCAGUAUCGUACAAUAAACCGGGGCGGAGCGUCUAUUUACGAGACCAUCAGGAAGGCAGGGUAUGAGCCCAUGGAUUAUAUCAGGUUCUACCAUUUGAGGGCCUAUGACCGAAUUAAUGCCCCCCAACCAUCCUACCUCGAGCGCAUCGAACAAGACUCCGGCGUCUCCUUCCACCAAGCGCAAGUAGCUCUGGCCCGUCAAUGGCUCGGUUCCCAAGCCACCUCCGCCACCGAUACCGGUCCGGUCAAAGUAACCAUCAAAUCCCCUGAAGUAACCAAAGAAGGCGUGGUUAUCACAGAGAAGACGCCUGUGAAGGAAGAAGCCGUCGCCGUCCCGGAGACGGAGGAGGAGGCGAAGCAGAUCAUUAGGAGGUUUGAGAGAGCUGCGGAAGCGGUUAGAGGAGAUGAGGAUGUUUCGGAUAAUGUUGUCCAGCAUAUGUUGAAUGAUAAAACGGGGCUGGAGCAGGAGAAGUGGCUGGGGAGUGAGCAGGAGGAGUUUGAUGCAUAUGUGUCGGAACUGGUGUAUAUCCAUUCCAAGCUGAUGAUUGUAGAUGACAGAAGGGUGAUUAUGGGUUCUGCAAAUUUGAAUGACCGAAGUCAAAAGGGGGAUGGCGAUUCCGAAAUCGCUCUCGUCGUAGAAGACACUGACCUCGUGCAGUCGACGAUGGACGGAGAACCGUACAUGGCUUCGAGGUUUGCGGCGUCAUUGAGAAGGCAAAUGUACAAGGAGCACCUCGGCCUCAUCCCUCCCCAGGACGCCGACAUGGAUGAUGACCACCCCACACCCUACAUGCGUCCCGCACCCUACCCGAAUCCCGAUCGACUCAAUUCUCAAGAAGACCAGAUGGUCGCUGAUCCUCUUUCGACCGACACGAUCAACCUGUGGACUGAUACUGCGAGACAAAAUAGGGAGAUCUUCACAGAGGUGUUCAGACCAGUUCCGAGUAAUUUGGUGAGGGACUGGGCGGGGUAUGAUCGAUAUGUACCGAAAACCAAGACUGGGCAUCUCGUGCCAGAUAUUCCGCUCCAACGAGUGAAGGACCGAUUGUCGAAAGUAAAAGGCGCGUUGGUGGAAGCUCCGAUCGAUUUCCUAAUUGAUGACAAGGGCUUCGUCGAAGGUCCUGAUUGGGCGGGGCUAAACCCGACGCUGCCGAUUUACAUUUAGAUGAUAUGUCAGAGAUUGCUAGCGAUUAGGAUUUAGCGGAGUGUAUCUAUUACAGUGAGAGUAAAGUAUGAGGAAUCUAUCUGGAUCAUCGAUAUGUACCAUCUACACAUGUAAGUUACAUAAAGUGUACUGCAGUUC